CCUUUCGUAUCGAGAGUGAUCUCCAUAUCUGACAGCCAUAAGAUGUCUCUCGAAAAGAAGUCUAUGCCGUAUGUUCGUCUGGGUAAAUCUGGUCUGAAGGUGUCCAAGAUUAUCCUGGGAUGCGGGUCGUACGGAAGCAAGGGCUGGAGCGAGUGGGUCAUCGACGACCAGGAGGAGGCCAAUAAGCACAUCAAAUACGCAUAUGACCACGGCAUUCAGACGUUUGACACGUCAAAUGUGUAUUCGAACGGCCUCUCGGAGGUCAUGCUCGGCAAGGCCAUCAAGGAGCUCCAGGUGCCCCGCGAGGAGCUCGUCAUCUUGACGAAGGUUUACUUCCCGGUUGCACCUAAGUAUGAUCUGAACCUCAUGGGCAAGAACUCCGAAGACCAUGGUAUAAUCAACCAAAAGGGCCUCAGUCGCAAGCAUAUCUUCGACUCUGUGAAGAAGAGUCUCGAGCGCCUGCAGGUCGACUACAUCGAUGUUCUCCAAUGCCAUCGGUUUGACUACGAUACGCCGAUUGAGGAGACAAUGCAAGCCCUUCAUGACGUCGUGAAAGCCGGGUACGCCCGGUACAUCGGUAUGAAUUCGUGCUAUGCAUAUCAGUUCCAUGCGAUGCAGAACUACGCCAUCCAGAACAAGCUCACGCCCUUCGUCUCGAUGCAGAACCACCACAGCCUUGUCUACCGCGAAGAGGAGCGCGAGAUGUUCCCCACGCUCAAGAUGUUUGGCGUGGGCGCGAUCCCAUGGUCGCCCCUCGGCCGCGGUGUCCUCACCCGGCCGCUCUCCGCCCAGACGAGGCGCGGGGAAAUGGACGCCUUCACAGGGUUCCAGAAGACGUGGGCGGGCACUGCUGACAUCGUCACCCGGGUGGAAGAGCUCGCGGGCAAGAAGGGAGUGAGCAUGGCCCAGGUCGCACUCGCGUGGACCUUGGCGAAGGACGGGAUAACGGCGCCGAUCGUGGGCACGACAAGUUUGAAGAACCUUGAGGACCUCAUCGACGCAAUCAACGUGGAGCUGACCUCGGACGAGAUCAAGUACCUCGAGGAACCGUACAAGCCGCUGGAGGUGUAUGGCCAUGCGUGAGGAGACGGGGCAUGGAAAUGUGAUCUUGGCGAUGGGUAGACAUCGUACAUGAUAGACAUACUAAUUCACGACAAGUGACAUGAGCACUCGGUGACGAUGCUAUCGAAAUUGAACAUCCUACUCAC